AAGUUACCUACUAUCAUUUCUUUUUCUUCAAUUUUUUUCUGUCUUUUCUUAGUUUUUUUACUAGACUAUUGUAUUGCGAGAAGUUUCAGGUUAUUUACAAUUAACUACUAAGUUAUCAAAGUACAUUCGUGAUCAUGGCGCAGCUUUGCUUAUUAUGAUUGAUGAAGGAAAAAAAAAGAUAAUUGCAAACCAAUACAAUAUAAGAUAGAGAUUGAUAUUGCAACAUUCAGUUACAAAGUUAUAGAAGAUACGAGUAGGUGCAAUCGUCUAUUGUUCUGAGUUAGAUUAAAAAAAUAUAAAAGUAUGUUUAAUACAUUUUGGUUAUUUGCUUUCCUUUCGGUUGUUCUCGUUUAUGGAAAGAAGGCUACGGUGACCAUUCCACCGGAAUAUGCAGGAGAACUUAUAACUGCCUCAGUGGACUGUGUAAGAGAUACUGGGGUGGACCCGGACAUGCUCAAUCAGAUAGUGCAGUGGAAACUCCAAGAGAAUGACAAUGUAAAAAAGUUUAUAUUCUGUGUAGCAACAGCGACUGGCUAUGGCGAUAGUGAUGGCCACGUUGUAGUGGACAAGGCGGAGAAAUUACUUAGCAACUCUCAUAAGAAAAAGGAGGAAUUUAAGAAUAUUCUAAAAGAAUGCAAUAAGAUAUCUGGAAGUGACAAAUAUGAUACACUUUAUAAAACGGCUAAGUGCAACCGUGAAAAACAGCCAAUAGUGUUCAGUUUGUAAAAAAAACUAUGAAGAGUUUAAGCAUACGAAGGUAUUAACAAAAUGAAGUAGACGCAAGGCUGUCUUCUGACUUUCAAGUUUAGUUUAAAUAAAGGGUUGUGUUUAAGGGAAAUAAACUAAAUUAAAAUAUU